GUGGGCGCCGUACAGAGAUCUCUAUGGUGGGCGCUCCAUUAAAACCGUUGGCGCUCCUGACCUUGGCGUCGUGAAUGCGCAAAGCACACGGACUGUGCGAAGCAGGAGAUAAGAGUAAAGAUCUGUGUGUUUGAUACUAAAACCGAGGGAAAUAAUCCACGCUGACACACGCACAGCCCGUUGUCUUUUAGCGAAACUGACGGGAAUGGUAUGGAGGAAAUCUCGAGAUGGAGCGCGUUUGUGCCUCUGUAAAAGCAGAUCUGUACUUACUGCAAUGAAAAGUGGAAGUGGGGGCGGUCCAUAUCUGGCUGAGGUGUUUUUGGAUUUGAUAACCGCUGGAUCUAAAGGCGCUGCGAGUGAUGUCUGUUUGACACGGUCAGCUGAAAGGUAUUGAACAGACACUACAGUGCGCAUUUGUGUUGUGCAGGGGCACUGUCUUGCCCAGACCAUGUGGCUGGCUACAUUCAGAGACCAUCUGUUGCCUGCACACCUGCUGCAUCAGCAAGGGACUGCGACCAUCACCCACUGUGCUCUUCUUUGGUGGAUAUUAUGCUCCUGCUGGUCGUUGACCAAGGCCACAAGCCAGAAGUUCUACCCAACUGUGACGACUCAGUUCGGGAAACUGCGAGGGCUUAGGGUACCUGUGCCCAGUGAGGUCCUCAGACCAGUUGAUCAGUAUCUCGGGGUUCCCUAUGCUGCUCCGCCAGUGGGCGAGAAGCGUUUCAUGCCCCCCGAGCAGCCCUCCUCUUGGUCGGGUGUCAAGAAUGCUACCCACUUCAUGCCUGUGUGCCCUCAGAACAUCCACAAUACCGUUCCAGAAAUCAUGAUGCCAAUAUGGUUCACCUAUAACCUGGACACGGUCGCCACAUACAUUCAAGAUCAGAGCGAGGACUGUUUAUAUCUAAACAUCUACACUCCGACAGAGGAUGGGAGCCAACACAAGAAAAAGGGGGCAGCUUUCUCACAUGCCGAGACUCAUAUAUCUGAAGAUAUAAGGGACUCUGAAGCACGGCCAGUGAUGGUCUACAUCCAUGGAGGUUCCUAUAUGGAGGGCACCGGGAACAUGAUGGAUGGCAGCGUUUUGGCCAGCUAUGGGAACGUUGUUGUCGUCACGCUCAACUACAGAAUCGGAAUACUGGGAUUCCUAAGCACUGGUGACCAGGCUGCAAAAGGAAACUAUGGACUCCUAGAUCAGAUUCAAGCCCUUCGCUGGAUAAGUAAAAACAUUGGUUACUUCGGAGGAGACCCGGGACGCAUCACGGUUUUUGGAUCUGGAAUCGGUGCUUCCUGUGUCAGUCUGCUAACGCUGUCCCACCACUCAGAAGGUCUGUUCCACAGAGCUAUCAUUCAAAGUGGUUCAGCACUGUCCAGCUGGGCUGUCAACUACCAGCCAGUGAAGUACACUCGCAUGCUUGCUGAAAGGGUUGGCUGCAAUGUGCUGGACACAGUGGACAUGGUCUCCUGCCUGCAGAAGAAGAGUGCUAAGGAGCUGGUGGAGCAAGACAUCCAGGCGGCCAGAUACCGCGUGGCUUUCGGCCCUGUUAUUGAUGGAGACGUCAUCCCAGAUGACCCUGAGAUCCUGAUGGAGCAGGGCGAGUUCCUUAACUAUGACAUAAUGCUCGGUGUGAAUCAGGGAGAGGGGCUGCGCUUUGUGGAGAACGUGAUGGAUCUGGAGGACGGUGUUUCUGGCAGCGACUUUGACUUUGCUGUGUCAGACUUUGUGGACAGUUUGUACGGCUACCCAGAAGGGAAGGACACGCUGAGGGAGACAAUUAAAUUCAUGUACACAGACUGGGCUGACAAGGACAACCCGGAGACCAGGAGGAAGACCCUGGUGGCCCUCUUCACUGACCACCAAUGGGUGGAGCCUUCAGUGGUGACGGCCGACCUACAUGCCCGAUACGGCUCGCCCACGUACUUCUACGCCUUCUACCACCACUGCCAGAGCCUUAUGAAGCCGGUGUGGUCUGACUCAGCGCACGGAGACGAGGUGCCUUAUGUAUUUGGCAUCCCAAUGGUGGGCCCGACUGAUCUGUUUCCCUGUAACUUCUCCAGGAAUGACAUCAUGCUCAGUGCUGUGGUUAUGACUUACUGGACCAACUUCGCAAAGAGUGGUGAUCCUAACAAACCAGUGCCACAGGACACCAAGUUCAUCCACACCAAGGCCAACCGCUUUGAGGAGGUAGCCUGGUCCAAGUACGACCCCUUUGACCAGUUGUACUUGCACAUUGGCCUGAAGCCUCGUAUCCGUGACCACUACCGCGCCACCAAAGUGGCCUUCUGGAAACACCUGGUGCCCCAUCUCUACAACCUCCACGACAUGUUCCAUUACUCCUCCACCACCACCAAGGUUACCCCGCUGGAUCCUACCCAGUCUAAUGGUAAGAGGUCUGGCAGCACCGGACGGCCUCCUGUAUCCACUGCCCACAGCGACGGGGAAGGGGGUAGAGAGAUGGGUCCUCUGAUCAUGCCGAACCCCAGAGAUUACUCCACAGAGCUCAGCGUCACUAUUGCUGUAGGGGCGUCAUUGCUCUUCCUCAACGUCCUGGCCUUCGCUGCCCUGUACUACCGCAAGGACAAGCGCAGUCGCCAGGACACGUCCCAGCAGCCGAGUCCCCAGCGUGAAAGCAAAGGUAACAAUGCAGGCCACACCACCACAGUGGAUGAGACCCUGUCCAACCAGCAAAGGAACCAGUGUGAGGCCCUACACAAUCCUCUUCAUGUCUCGCCCAGCAUGGACUACUCACUCGGUCAACGCCGCUCCCCUGACGACAUCCCUCUGAUGACCCCCAACAACAUCACCAUGAUCCCCAACUCCCUAAUGGGCCUCUCCAAUAUGAGUCCAUACAGCACCUUCCCUGCUGGUUAUAGCUCUGCAGGCCUUCCCAGCACCCACUCUACCACACGGGUAUAGCCUGGCAGGAGAUGGAGAAAUGUGACGCGCAAGAAACAUGGAAAAUGUAAAGCUGUAUUUAGGAUGUGUAGGUUACAUAGGAUUGAAUAUGUUUGUUCUGUCUUUUCCAAAGGUGUGCAACCGCCAACAUCCUGGCUUUGCUCUCUCAUAAUAGAAAGUCUAACUGCAGAGUCAUUUUAUAAUAAUCAUUUUCAAAGGCAGUCAAAAAGAAAAAGUGCAUUUCAUUUUACACUUUGGCUUUUUUGGAACUUACCUAGCAAGUAUAAUGUUUAUACAGUUGGAUUUGUAUGGGAAGCUUUUUCUUACUCUGUGAUAUCUAUUUUGAUCUCGUGGAACAAAGUGACAUUACAACUCGCAACGGACGGAGAUGAGAUCGGGGAAAAGCAGAAAAGCAGUAUUAUUAUUACUAUUAUCAAGCUAUUUUAUACAUAUUUCUCAUGGUACAUUGCUUAUAAUGAAAAUGUAUUUUUACUGUAAUUAUUUUCAAAUGCCUUGUACAUCGCUUACAUAAGUAAUUACUGUGGAAUCAUAACAACAAUGGAUUGAAGUUUUACUCAAAUACUGGUCACACGUGGUAAAAAAAAAAAAAGAAAAAAAAAGAAGAAGUCAAAUUUAUCCAAAAUAUUUCUAUCUGGUAGUGCAAAAUAUAGCACCCAUGUGUGUGGCUUUGUUUGGACGUAUGAGUGUGUGGAUGGGUGAAACAUGCGGUGCAAAAAUGUAAAUUUGGCAUUGUUUGAGAUUUACCAUUCAGUUUUGCAUACGUAGUGUUGUGUAAUCUAUUGUAGUCUAUUUCAAUAUCCUUGCUAUCCUUUCUGUUUUGGUGCUUAUAAUUUUUGCUUAGUACAUUGUAGGAAUAUAACUUCUGCUUUACUAUAAAAAGAGCGUCGCGUAAGAUGUGUUUUCCUACUCUAACCAACUCAUGGUUCUUUUGGCUUGCCUUGUUUGUACAGAAUAAAUUUAGAUCAACAUUUUAUUUGUUGUUUGUUUAUGAAUACUGUUAAGGUACUUCAGAAAGAUGACUGUAAUUACAUUGUAAUUGUAUGUAUACCAAUUCAAGUAUUCACAUUUAACAAGGAGUUUUAUCAACCUUACAGAUUAUUGCUCCUUCUCAAAAUGGUUUGGACCCCGUGCAUAUCUCGUUAUAACCAGGGGUCCCGCUCUUCUGAAUGGACAUGAUGGACAUCAAGCAUUGAGAUCCGAUUUCUUUGAAACUAUCAUAACAUUGUUUAAUCUAAAUGAGAUGGCUAUUAAAAGAUUUUUGGAACUAAAAA